AUGAUUCGCGGUACCCCCAGCAACAGCAGCAGCAGCAGGAAUUGCCGCAGCAGCCCCUGUGGCUGCAGCAGUAGCAGCAGCUGCUGCGGGACUACUGCAGCAGCAGCAGCGCCAGGAGCCACAAUAACCGUUGAGGCAUUGCUUCAAGCGGCAACAGCAGCAGCAGCAAGGGAGCAGCAGCAGCUGCAGCAAAGCCGCCGCGGCAGCAGCAGCAGCAAGGGAGCAGCAGCAGCUGCAGCAAAGCCGCCGCGGCAGCAGCAGCAGCAAGGGCGCAGCAGCAGCUGCAGCAAAGCCGCCGCCGCAGCAGCAGCAGCAAGGGCGCAGCAGCAGCUGCAGCAGAGCUGCCGCAGCAACAGCAGCGGCUCGUUUUAG